UGCAGUGCCUCUCGCUCAGUGCGCCCAGCUACAUGUGUCGGGUGGUGGCCACAAGCAGAAAGCGAGGCGGAAAACCUGCUCUUUAGGGACAUUUUUCAUUUAUGAACCCAUCAUUUACAAAGUGAGUCCAGAGGAUUGCAGCAAAGAUGGACGACAUUGACGCCAUGUUUACUGACAUGCUGGAGGAGAUGGAUCUCCUCACACAGAGCCUGGAAACUGAAAUUACAGAGCCUAAGCCCCCCUCCAACUCUAGCUCUAAGUCCAACUCCAUGCAGGACCUCAACUUUUCCAUCGGCUUCACAGAUCUGAAUGCAUCCCUAAAUGAACUGGAGGACAACGACCUGGACGCUUUAAUGGCCGAUCUGGUGGCUGACCUGAGCGCCACAGAAGAAAAGUUUGCAGCAGAGAGAGGGAGUGUAAAGCCUCAGCCGCCCCCAGCUGUAACAGUUCCAGCAGCUCACUUUGCCCCUGCUGCCCCCUUAGCCCCUCCUACUCAUGUCCCACAUUCUGCCCCUGGUGCUCCACCACCUUCAAAGCCUAAGAACGAACUACCCCCUUGCCCUGCUAGUAACGCCCCUAAUCUCACUUCAAACACUUCAGUACCACCCCCGCCUGCAGUGAGCUCCAAAGCAUCUGCGGAGGAUGUAGAGGCCCAGAUGAAAGCAGACAAGAUUAAACUCGCCCUGGAAAAGCUGAAAGAAGCCAAAGUGAAGAAGUUGAUAGUGAAGGUGGAGAUAAAGGAUGGCGGCUCUAAGACGCUGAUGGUGGACGAGAGACAGAUGGUGAGAGAUGUGAUUGACAACCUGUUUGAAAAAACACACUGCGAUGGAAAUGUGGACUGGUGCCUGUGUGAGACCAACCCAGAGCUACAGACAGAGCGUGGCUUUGAGGACCAUGAGAACCUGGUGGAGCCUCUGUCAGCCUGGACACGAGACAGUGAAAACAAAGUCAUUUUUCAUGAGAGGAAAGACAAGUACGAAAUUUUCAAAAACCCACAGAACUUCUACAUGUGGAAGAAGGAUAAGAAGUCACUUAAGGACAUGAAAGACAAAGAAAAGGAGCUACUUCUGGAGGAGCAUUUCUGCGGGACCUCUGUAAUCGUUCCUGACCUAGAGGGGGUGCUGUAUCUGAAGGAGGAGGGGAAGAAAUCCUGGAAACAACGCUAUUUCCUGCUGAGGGCUUCUGGAAUGUAUUACAUACCCAAAGGGAAGACCAAGUCCUCCCGGGACCUGCAGUGCCUGGUGCAGUUCGACAAUAUGAACGUGUACUACUGCAAAGACUACAAAAUCAAAUACAAAGCUCCUACUGACUUCUGCUUCAUUCUCAAGCAUCCUCAGAUCCAGAAGGAGUCUCAGUACAUCAAGUACCUGUGCUGUGAUGACCACUGGACCAUGACCUUGUGGGUGACGGGAAUCCGUAUUGCUAAGUAUGGCAAAAUGUUGUAUGAGAACUAUAAGAAUGCAGAGAGGAAAAGCUCAUCGCUGUCUUCAGUUUGGUCCAACCGGAACCUCCAGCCAAGUCCAUCAACCUCCAACGCCUCCACCCCUUCCCCAACACCAAAAGCCAAAGCUGCCAAUGGACACCCUCCUCAGCAUCACUCAGAGCCAGUGGCCAAGGGCCCCAGCAACCAGUCAUCUUUUCCACCACCUCCAGCCCCAGUGGACAUCCUACCACCUCCCCCUCCCGACCCUACACUUCCUCCUCCACCCCCACCUCCACCUGCCUGGGCCAUGCCUGUGAAGAAAGAGCCAAAUCCACCUCGCUCCGCCCCGCAGCACUCACAGCCGGCCUUCCCUCCUCCUCCGCCGAUGGACUUCCCGCCUCCGCCACCUCUGAGCGACGAUGCAGAGCUACCUCCUGACUUCCUACCCCCACCUCCUCCAGUUAUGGGGGGAUUUAUGAGUGCAGACCUUCCUCCACCACCUCCAGAUCCAUUCCAUACUGCUCUUCCACCUCCACCAGCUCCCUUCAACCCACCAGCGGCGGCUGGUGGAGAUCUGCCUCCACCCCCUCCGCCUCCACCACCUCCACCUGCCUCUGGUGCACUCCAUCCAACCGCCUCACAGAGAAGAGUCGGCCCCCCACCUCCAAAGAGGACUACACCAACUCUAUCGGCGCCAUCUGGUGGCGAUUUCAUGUCAGAACUGCAGAAAGCCAUGCAGAAAAAGCGAGGGGGGCAAGGACAAUGACCAGGUUUUGGGAAGAGCAGUGUGACUUUUAUAUUAGGCUAUAUAUUUUUUUUUGGACAGGACAUUUUUUUGGCCUCUUGUUCAUAAUAAAUGCUAUGUAUGCUGCAAAUAUUUGUAGCUUUUUCUCUGAACAUUUUAAUGAUCUACCAAUUCUACACUGUUUCAACUGUUAUUUUGAUGGACAACCAGCUGAAAGAGGGCAAAGGGGGUUGAAAUAUUAUAAUAAAUGUAUAAUAAAAUGCUCUUUUGACUGGAUAAAGAAGAACAACCCAGGCCCAUUCUUGAAUACAUUUUAAUGCAUUAAACAUGGAAUCUUUUACUACAAUAAAUAAUUACAACUGGA